AUACACAUUCCGUAACGCUUAAAAGGGAGGCGCGAUCGGUGCGAACAACUUAGAACGCGUCGCGAUUUUGGGUAUUCAAAUACAAGCACGAAUCUUUCGCAGAAGCCAGUCAGUAGCAAUUCAGCCUGCGGCCGGAACAGUUCGUUUACCAAGCGACUUCUUCACACACACAAAUGGCAACUGCAACUAUCGGCAGUGGUCUGCACCUAGAGGCCAUCGAUCGCAUUGGCUCCAUACCAUUGGUGGAGUCGAGCGUCAAGCGGGUGGAGAACAUCUACGGCAAGGUGAAGAACAACAAUCGUCUGUUCUCGUGGUACUUUGACGCCGCAGAGGCGACCAUUUCGGCUGCCUAUGGUUCCGUCCAGCCAGCCGUGAAACUCUUCGAGCAUCCGCUGAAGCGUCUGGACAAUGUCAUGUGCAAGAGUCUGGACAUACUGGAGCAGCGCAUUCCGCUGGUCUAUCUGCCACCCGAAAUGAUGUAUUGGAACACUAAGGAAUACAUGUCGGAUCAUCUGGUGCGGCCAGUGCUCAAGCGCGCCGAUUCGGUCAAGCAAAUUGGCAACGCUGUGCUGGAGAGUCCCCUGACCACCUAUGCGGCGGAUCGGAUCGAUGGAGCCUUUACAGCCGGCGACAAGUUUGUGGAUAAAUAUCUGGUGCCCAUUAGCACGGAUCAGGAUCAGACAGACGCGCCGCAAGAGGAUGAUAGUGAGGCGGCGAGAGCGGCACUGAAUGAGAAGGGUGCCAUCAAGGCGAUCCAUCACGGGCAACGAUUCUCCCGCAAGCUGAAGCGACGCCUCACACAACGAACGAUUGCCGAGGCGCGCGCCCUGAAGAAACAAAGCAAAGUGGCCAUCCAUGUGCUCAUCUAUGCAGUGGAAUUGAUUGCCUCGGAUCCCAAACAGGCCAUGCAAAAGGCCAAGGAGCUGUGGGCGUAUCUUAGCGCAGAUGAGCCCGAGAAUCAGGCCAGGCCAGCCACCCUGGAGCAGUUGAUUGUGCUGCUCACGAGGGAAUCGGCCAGAAGAGUCGUGCAUUUGGUUAACUUCAGUGCCACUGUGGCAUCCAACAUACCCAGAAACCUGGCACACACCACCACAGAAGUGGCCCACCAAAUCGUAUAUAUUAACCAUCGCAUCAUCACAAUAUCUCGCCUGGACAAGGUGAAGAGCCUGUCCAAGGAGGAGGCGGAAUCUCUAUUAAAGCGCGCGCUUGCCUUCUAUGGCAAUCUGCAGGGCCUGUCCAACCGUUAUCUGGAACGUGUGGCCAACUUUCUGUCGGGACGCAUUGAGGCCGAGAAGGUGACGGGCACCGACAGUGCCACAACCAAUCACAGAUCCUCGAGAAGGCGACAGGACAAUAACACAAACAAUUACUCAGCGGCCCACAACAAUAUAAAUGGUGUCUACUAGGAAAUUGAGUUUUUUAUUGCAAUCGUAUUUUUAUGUCUUAUAAUAGAGUUUUGGUUUUGCUUGCAUAUCCGCACAAGCCAUUAAACGAUUUUGUUUUUUACACUUAA